AUGGAAGAAUUAGCACAAAGCCAAGCCUUAUUGGCCUCUCAAAAACAGCUAUUGGCUGCUAUGAAGGGUGUACAAGAUCAGAUUUCUCAGCUGGAGAAAAGAAACAAGGCACAAGGCCAACGAACACAGCAAGGAAAAAGAAGAUUUGGAGAUGCACCAGAGGAUGGCUAUGUUGAGCCUAAGCCACCAGAUCCUUCAUGGAUCACCCCACACCAUACUUCUUCAACUCAUAAACACUUAACUCAUUCUUAUCUUUAUUUUAAACCUGUUAAUGAAGUUAAGAUUUAUUCUUUUUCAGGAAGCAGCUGGCCAGAAAGAAAAGCUGAGCCAUGCCAUCAAACAACUCACGGAAGUGCAUACAAAUGGUGGAAAGGUGUAGAUGGUGCAAGAUGGAAGAGUCAAAGAGAGGCUAUCAAAACGUGGGAAGAUCUUAAAGAGGCCAUGAUCAGGAAGUAUGUAUCCUCACUUCCAACACCAGAGAUUAGAGAAAGGUACCCAAGGAGGUUUUCAAGCCAUGGGUCCAAAGAGGCAAAGAGAGUGGUGCCACAACAAGGCCAUAGAAGCUUGAUCCAUCAAGAUCAGAUUGGGCCAAACCAGGGGCACACAGUUCUCUAUGAUCAGUCCCAACCUUAUGAGGUCCCAAAGACCAUGGAGAGAAAGAACUUUGUCAGCCAAGACACGUUGGCCAGACACAAAGAAAAAUCAGACAAACCUAUUUUUCAAGAAAAGGGCAAGGUAAGUCCUAUACUUGAUAAAUUUGUUUAUAAAUCAUCUCCAACUGGUAUGAGUCACUUGUCUUUGUCCAAGGAUGUUAAGACAGGUCCUAAGGUCCAGAAAGACACGAACUCCACAUCCUUGUUGAGAUCCAAAGUUGUCCAUGAUUUAAGUCCAAGAGACAAGGAGAUUUUAAACCCAAAGGAAGAAGAGCCAUCAAGCCAAGGUAAGUCUUCUAAAUCUGAGGAUUUAAAAUAUCAGACAUGUUAUAGAUGUCAUAAGAAAGGACACUAUGCUGUAGUUUGUCCUACUAAGCAAGUAUUGAUAGAAGCAUCACUAGAAAAGAAAACAGAUUUAUCUAUGAAGAGUGAUAGUUUUAUUCAAUCUGAUUUGUUGGUUCCAAAUUCUUGUGUAAUGCACUUGUCUUUGUCAAAAGGUGUUUUAACAGGAAUUAAAGAGCAUGAAUUCAAAGGAGAGGAGCCACCAGGCGCCACACCAGUGAUGAACCAGGAGAAGGUUCAAGACACAAUGCAGUCCAUGUUGCUUAAAGAAGCAAAACCAGUAAAUAAAGUAUCAAACCAAGGUAAGUGUCAAACACCACCUAGAGAAACUGGUAUUGACGUGUGUGUUCUUGAUGUAGAGAGUAAAAAUGAAAGCUAUUUGCUUACUGAAGUUCCAAGGAGAGAACCAGACCAUAAGCCCAGCCAUGAACCACCUCACAAGUGGAAGUCUAGUGUUGAACAAUGUGUUCAAAUGCCAAGGCUUAAGGUAAUCUUCUCUGAUCUUAAAACGUCCAAGACACUUGAUUAUCCAGAUAUAAUGCACUUGUCUUUGCCAAAAAGUUUUGAUCCAGGAAUAAAAGAAGUUGAAGUUCAUAACCACCAAGGUCAAAAGAUGCAAAGAAGGCAGCAAACAAGAACAAGUUGUCCAAAGAAGAAAAUCAUUCUUCAACUUGUGGAAGCUAUCAAAAAUGUUGAGAAAUUUUCAGGUUGCAAAGGAGAGAGCUUCAAGAAAUCCCACCGGAUAAUUCUUGUUGCUAGAGUUAUACAGUUUCGAGGUCGAAACCUUUUCAAGGGGGAGGGAAUGUUGCGGCCAGAAAUUCAGCAGCUGAACCAGAG